GCUCUGCUCUGCUCUCUGCUCUCUCUCGAUGUUUUAUUAUUAUAUUAUCGGAAUGAAUGAUACGGCCCUUCCCUGCAGGUCUGUUCUUCUACUGCGUCACGCCUGUUCCUGCUUCUCUUGUCGAGUUCGUUGCCAACGUUCUGUGACAAGUCGAUCAUUCCGAGCGACGGCCUUAGUGAAGGCGCUCAUGAGAUCGAGGUGGAGUAGGUGCGCGGAUUCGGCAUGUGGAAUUAAGGAUUGGCUAUGGACAGGGCAGGCAAGAAGGCUAGCGGGAGGAAGAGAUUGAGGGCUAGCUUUUAGGGUUUCAGUUAUCUUGUCACAACGCUAUAGAGCUUUGGAGGUUUGCGCAGUGCCGCUGAGGAUCAGUGACGGUGCAGCCAUGGGUAGAAUCGCCUGGUCUGCAUGUGGUCUUAUUCUCUUCGUUCAGGCUGCGAUUUUGGCGGGUGGAUUUGAACUAAAAAUAUCCACUGAAUAUUAUCCACAAUUAGAAUCGAAGCAUGGGGGGAAAAUGUGUGCGAUGUAUGAUCUUUGUGGAAGUCGAUCCGAUGGAAAAGAACUCAAUUGUCCAGACCCGACCCCGGUUGUCACUCCAGAUGAAGCAUUCUCAUUGAAGAUUCAGAGCCUUUGUCCUACGAUCACUGGUGACGUCUGUUGCACUCCAACCCAAUUUGGCCUAUUACGGGCUCAAGUUCAGCAGGCUGUCCCCUUUCUUACUGGAUGUCCUGCGUGUUUGCGGAAUUUUCUCAAUCUUUUCUGUGAGCUUGCUUGCUCCCCCGACCAAGGUCUCUUCAUCAAUGUUACUGCUGUCAACGAACAAGGAUCCAACAGAACAGUUGCGGCUGUUGACUUGUUCGUGACUGAAGAAUAUGGACAGCGGAUUUAUGAUUCCUGUAAGGAUGUUAAAUUUGCUGCCAUGAACACUCGUGCCAUGGACUUCAUUGGAGGAGGUGCUAGAAACUACACGGAAUGGUUCACAUUUAUGGGUCAUGAGGCUGGUCCCUACGAACCGGGCUCCCCAUUUGCUAUCAAUUUUCGCACGGAUGUUAAGGAGGGCACUUCUGUGGUGCCUAUUAAUUCUUCUGUUUCCGCCUGCUUCGAUCCCUCCCUAGCGUGUUCCUGUGGAGACUGUCCUGCAGCAAGCACCUGUGCUGAGCCAAAUCCUCCUGCUCCCCCUCAAAAUAGAGGAUGUUUUGUACGAAUUGUUGGACUUGAGAUUAGGUGUUUGACUGCGGCCAUGAUCGCUUUGUAUGUAUGCCUUCUGUUCGUCAUAUUUGGCUGGUGGUGGACAUACUAUGCGCCAGAGGAGCAGUUGAGUUCUGAAGAGCCCCUUUUACAAAAUCGUGAAGAUAGUGAAUUAGAGCGACCUGACACAGAUUCUGAAAUUCUUCCAGCUCAGGAAAAUCAAGUUAUUGAUCGACCCAAAGACCCAGCUGGAACCCCAUUUAUGGAAGCCUUCCUCUCCGAUAGAUUCAGAAUACAUGGGGAGUGGGUGGCCUACAAUGUGAAGAAAGUUUUGGCAGUGUCUAUUUUAAUUACUGUAGUCCUUUGUCUGGGCUUAAUCCGCCUCAACGUCGAGACACGCCCAGAGAAGCUUUGGGUGAGUCCUGGAAGUAAAGCUGCAGAAGAAAAAGAGUUUUUCGACAGUCACCUAGCGCCCUUCUACCGAAUUGAGCAGAUCAUUCUAGCAACUAUUCCAGCAAAUAAGGGUUCUUCCGCACCGAGUGUUGUGACUGAUGAAAAUUUGCAGCUCCUCUUUGACAUCCAAGCGAAGGUUGAUAGCCUGCGAGGGAACUAUUCUGGCAAAUUGAUUUCUCUUCAGGAUAUCUGUCUGAAGCCUUUAGGAACACCGUGUGCAACUCAAAGUGUCCUGCAGUACUUCAAAAUGGAUGCUGAUUUAUUUCUAGAUUAUGAGGGUGCAGAUCAUGCAGAGUUCUGUUUUGAGCAUUAUUCCUCAUCAGAGGCUUGUCUCAGCGCUUUCGGUGGACCAGUGGAUCCCACCACUAUUUUGGGUGGAUUUUCAGGCAACAAUUAUACUCAGGCCACAGCUUUGGUGGUGACCUACCCAGUCGUAAAUGCAAUUUCAGACGAAGGGAAUGCGGCUGCUAUUGCUUGGGAAAAAGAAUUUAUUCGCCUUGUUAAGGAAGAGCUUGUGGGAAUGGUCAUGCCUUACAAUUUGACAGUUUCCUUUUCGUCUGAAAGUUCGAUAGAGGCAGAGUUGCAGAGAGAAAGUACUGCAGAUGUCUUGACAAUCGCGGUAAGCUACCUUGUAAUGUUCGUAUACAUUUCGGUCACAUUGGGAGACUAUACUCCCUCUGUUUCUCCAUUUUAUGUGACUUCUAAGGUACUACUAGGCUUGUCAGGAGUGAUCAUCGUGGCUCUCUCCGUGCUUGGAUCCAUGGGUUUUUGUAGCUUCUUUGGAGUGAAAUCGACACUUAUCAUCGUGGAGGUUAUUCCGUUUCUUGUUCUUGCGGUUGGUGUAGACAAUAUGUGCAUUUUGGUAAAUGCUUUGAAACGUCAAGAUCUGAGCUUACAGCUGGAAUCUCGUGUAGGGCUUGCCUUAGCUGAAGUGGGACCUUCCAUCACACUUGCAAGCUUAGCUGAGGUUCUGGCUUUCGCUGUGGGGUCCUUUACACCUAUGCCUGCUUGCAGAGUCUUCUCCCUCUUUGCUGCGGUAGCGGUGUUACUGGAUUAUCUGCUUCAAAUCACCGCAUUCGUGGCUCUCCUCACCCUUGACUUCCGCAGGAGUGAAAGUGGUCGUGUAGAUUGCAUUCCUUGUAUGUCUGGUGGAACAGAAGAAAUUGAUGACACCUCGUAUGGGUCAUCAACAAGGCAACAACGCGAGCCUGGUAUUCUUCUCCGCUACAUGAAGAAUUAUCACGCUCCAUUCUUGAGGAUUCCAGCUGUAAAAGCGUGUGUGGUGGCAAUUUUCUUUGGCCUCCUGUUCGCGAGUAUUGCACUUAUACCAAAUAUUUCUGUUGGAUUGGAUCAGAAGAUUGUUUUGCCACGUGAUUCAUACCUUCAGGGCUAUUUUGAUAAUAUAACAGAGCAUCUUCGGGUUGGGCCACCGGUGUACUUUGUUGUGAAGAACUACAACUACAGCAUUGAGAGCAACCAAACAAAUAAGUUAUGCUCCAUCAGCCAGUGUGAUCCGGACUCCUUGCUCAAUGAGGUCACAAGAGCAGCUUUGUCACCUGAAACUAGUUACAUUUCUCGACCAGCUGCGUCAUGGUUGGAUGAUUUCCUUGUAUGGUUGUCACCAAACGCUUUCGGGUGCUGCCGUAAGUUCCCAGAAGGGAAUUAUUGCCCACCAGACGAUCAGCCGCCGUGCUGUCCUGAAGGCGAAGAGUGUGGAUUCGGAGAUACAUGCAGUGAAUGCACAACGUGUUUUUUGCAAUCAGAUCUUCUGGAAGGAAGACCAUCAACUGAACAGUUUCAGGCCAAAUUACCAUGGUUUCUGGCCGCUCUUCCAUCCGCGGACUGUGCCAAGGGUGGCCAUGGAGCAUACACAACCAGUCUUAACCUUACGGGGUACGAAAGUGGUGUAAUCAGAGCGUCAGAAUUUCGUUCAUACCACACGCCUUUGAACAAGCAGAGCGACUUUAUUGAUGCACUGAAAGCAGCGAAGGACUUUACCAACAAAGUUUCCAAAUCUUUAAAUAUUGAAGUGUUUCCUUAUUCAGUAUUUUAUAUAUUCUUUGAGCAAUAUCUGGACAUAAUGAACACUACCGUGGUCAGCCUCUCCUCGGCCUUGGCGGCUGUUUUCUUCGUCUGCCUUCUAACUACCACAAGUAUUUCAACGGCUUUUACUAUCAUAUUUGUUAUUGCAAUGAUCGUUAUUGAUUUGAUGGGCCUCAUGGUCUUGUGGAACAUUCAACUCAACGCAGUCUCGGUAGUGAACUUGGUCAUGUCCAUCGGCAUCGCAGUUGAAUUCUGUGUUCAUAUCACUCAUGCAUUCACCAUGACUACGGGAUACAAGCAAGACAGAGCAAGCAAGGCUCUUGUCAUCAUGGGAGCUUCAGUCUUCAGUGGUAUCACCCUCACCAAAUUUGCAGGAGUCUUGGUGCUGUAUUUUUCGCAGUCUGAGAUUUUUGAGGUAUACUACUUCCGAAUGUAUUUUGGGCUCGUGAUAUUAGGCGCUCUACACGGGCUCGUCUUCUUACCUGUCUGGUUGAGCUUAGCUGGUCCCAAGACUAUGCUAAAACAAGAACAUGCGAUCAACGGGGAGUCUCUCUACUACGAUGAAGACCUGGAUCACCAUUUUAGCUAUAAGGCAGAGAUCGUAAAAGCAGAGUCGCCUAUUGCUUCUCCUCCCUCAAGGGACUGGUGAUUGUAAACUCCAUCAGUUUGUAUGUAGAUAGCUCUUGUAUUCUUCAGUACAAAGAAUAGCAGUGUUGGUUAGUGUUGAUGGUUUUAGUAUGCAGUUCUUGAUACACAGUACGAUAUUAGUUCUACUCAUUGUUAGCACUUUUUGAAAAAAGCUGAAUAUUUUUUCAUUUUCGUCGCAUUGAUUUAAUAUAUCGUCCUUUAUUUUAGUGAGAUUAUUUA